GUAUACAUAGUAAUGUUGUGACGUAGCAAUUUAACGAAAAUGAAGAUACGUUACAAAGUCAGGUACGAUGAAAGUAAGAAGACGAUAAGUACGAAGAAGAACGUUACAUCAUAAAUAUUAAAACUUCUCAAAAAUUGAAUAAAUAUUUUCUAAAUUGAAUCAAGUACUGUGUAAAAGGUUUGAGUUUUGAUAAAGAAAUUAAUUUAUAUUAUAUAAAGUAUACACAUAUAAGUAUGUAAGAUCUACGUCCUACUUUUAUAUUAACAAAAGGACCUCCUGCUCCAUCAUUUCAAGAGAUUCAAAUUUUAGAUCCUGUUAUUUUAUAUUCUUCAUUAUUACAUACAGUUUGUUACUGUGUAUUAUGUAUAAGAUUAAUUAAAAAAAUUAAUUGAUAUAAACGAUGGAUAAAUAUACCAAGUUGGAUACCACUUCUUUAUCUCAUAUAUGGAAAGUAACUUCUGUUGAAUAUUUUCUAAAUUUAUCGGAACGGUUAUUAUCGCCUAUGUUUACACAACAAUUUAAAAAAGUACAUAUCUGUUAUCAAAUAAGCUUACAAAGUGUUCAAGACUUUCAUCAAUGUCCGAAGUGUUCUAAAUCUACUUCUAAAGAUGUACAAAUUGGUCUAUUAUUUUCUAAAUAUUCACCAGCUGAUAUAAUUUUGAAUGUCCAAUACACGAUUAGGGGGUCUAAGAAGAAAGUAACAGUAUCGGAUGUCAUUACAAAUAAACUAUAUGGAUCACAAACAUUUAACAUUUGUAAAAAUUGUGAAACAGAAAUGAAUUUGAAAUGUUUGUUAAGUUAUGACACAAUUUCAGCAAAAUUUACUUAUGAACCAAUUCCUGGUAGAUAUGCUGUUUUAAAAUCAUGGGAAGAAAAUAUAACUGAAUAUUUAAAUAUUAUGUAUAAAACUGGUCAAUUUAGUGAUAUGACUAUUUAUGUUAAAAACAAACCAUUUUUGGUACAUACUCCGAUAUUGUCUUAUUAUCCUUAUUUUAAGUCAUUAAUAAUUAAAGCUAAGAAUGAAAAUAGUAACAGAAUAGAUAUAAAUGAUAUCAAUCCAGAUCUAUUUAAUCAUAUGUUAUGCUAUAUUUAUACAGGAGAUGAGAGUAGUGUAGACUCUCAUGCGCGUGAACUUUUGCCGGUAGCUAAUAAAUUUGGCAUAACUAAUUUGGAAGAGAAUUGCAUAAAGUUAUUGCAAACGAAAAUGAAUGUAGAUAAUGUCAUUGAUACUUUGAUUGUGGCAAACGAAAUAAAUUCGGAUCAUUUAAUUGCAGAUGCUACAAGGUUUAUAGUAAAUUUUGCAAGUGAUAUUAAGAAAACAGAGAACUAUGAAAAAUUAAAACGAUUUUAUCCAGAAUUAAUGAUAGAACUUUUAAAUUUCCUUAUGGCUAAAUGAUCUUCUUUUAAUUUAUUAAACAAAGUAUAUCUUGUUUCUGAUAUCAUUUUUAUAUUUCUUUUUACUUUUAUUUUUUUUAUAUUUUUAUAAUUGAUAUAAUUA